AUGGCCGACGAUAGAAUCAUUUACAUGGUGUCCACAAGGCAAUUUUCCACCGCGCUGUCCUCUUCCCCUGUCGUCGUCGCCGAAUUCUUCGACAAGAAUUCCAUAUCUGAAAGAAUUGCCCCAACGUAUGAGAGAAUAGCCAGGCGCCAUUCACAACCAAAGAAGAUCACAUUCGCGAGAAUCCAAGUCGAUCAUCAAAGCGACAUUGCCAACUCGUAUGGCGUGACAACCACGCCAACCUACAUGAUAUUCAAAAACGCUCGCCGAGUCGGAACACUUGUAGACCCAAGAGCUGAGGAACUCGAAGAAUUCCUGAAGGACGUUACGGACGAAUUCAGGACAAUGGAGACGACGGAAGCCGGCCAUUCUGCAUCGGACAGCCCGUGGUAUGGCGCAGAACUGCCGCGAGGAUACGUCGACGUCACCGACCAGGUCGACUUUCUGGGCUUAGAGUUGCUGAACUGGGACUCGUCCCAUGGCAACGCGAGGAAACUGAUCAGCAAGGACAAGCCGUCGGCCACACCUGAAGCCAAGGCAGACUUUGUGCAAAGCGACACGGACGAACAGUUGAUGCUCUACAUUCCAUUCCAAUCUACCUUGAAGAUCCACUCCGUACAUCUCACGUCCCUUCCAGACAACACCGACGACGACGAGUCUCCGAGUCGACCCAAGCUUAUCAAAUUCUACACCAACAAGCCUCACAUCCUUGGUUUCGACGAAGCAGACGGCGCACCCCCCACGCAAGAAGUGACCUUGACAGAAAAAGACUGGAAUCCCACAACUGGCACGGCCAAAAUUGAUCUGCGCAUUGUCAAGUUCCAAAACGUGUCCAGCGUGGUGAUAUUCAUAGUAGAAAGCGAAGGCGACAACGAGAAGGUCAGACUAGACCGAAUCAGAAUCGUAGGAGAGACUGGAGAGAAGCGGGAUGGCAAAAUUGAAAAGGUCGCGUCUGAUGAUUGA